GUGUCUUCUCCUUCCCUUUAGUAAGUCUACCAAGGAAGUAACCAAAUUGAUAAUAAACUCUUUUUAAACUCUUCAGAGCUGAUCUACUGAGAAUGAUGGCUAUGCGACGUUUCACCGGAGCAGCGAUUAGAGCCUGUUCUUCCUCUUCGUCUUCUGGCUACUUUGCUCGCCACCUUCAUGCUUCUUCUGGUGAGAGCAAAAAGAUUGUUGGAGUUUUCUACAAGGCCAACGAAUACGCUUCCAAGAACCCUAACUUCCUCGGCUGCGUCGAGAACUCCUUAGGAAUCCGCAACUGGCUUGAAUCACAAGGACAUCAGUACAUUGUCACUGACGACAAAGAAGGUCCAGACUGCGAACUUGAGAAGCACAUCCCGGAUCUCCAUGUCUUGAUAUCCACCCCAUUUCACCCGGCUUACGUGACUGCGGAAAGGAUCAAGAAAGCCAAGAACCUGCAGCUUCUCCUCACUGCUGGUAUUGGAUCCGACCACAUUGACCUACAGGCAGCUGCAGCUGCUGGACUGACGGUGGCUGAAGUCACUGGAAGCAACGUGGUCUCGGUAGCAGAAGAUGAGCUGAUGAGAAUCCUGAUCCUCAUGCGCAACUUUGUACCGGGGUACAACCAGGUCGUUAAUGGGGAAUGGAACGUUGCGGGGAUUGCGUAUAGAGCGUAUGAUCUUGAAGGGAAGACGAUAGGAACCGUAGGAGCUGGAAGAAUCGGGAAGCUUUUGCUUCAGCGGUUGAAACCAUUCGGGUGCAACUUAUUGUACCAUGACAGGCUUCAGAUGGAGCCUGAGCUGGAGAAAGAGAUUGGUGCUAACUACGUUGAGAACUUGAAUGAAAUGCUUCCUAAGUGUGAUGUUGUGGUUCUUAACAUGCCUCUCACGGAGAAGACAAGAGGAAUGUUCAACAAAGAGAUGAUAGGGAAAAUGAAGAAGGGAGUUUUGAUAGUGAACAAUGCAAGAGGAGCCAUCAUGGACAGGCAAGCUGUGGUGGAAGCGAUGGAGAGUGGACAGAUCGGAGGGUAUAGCGGAGACGUUUGGGACCCACAGCCAGCACCUAAGGACCAUCCAUGGCGUUACAUGCCUAACCAAGCCAUGACCCCUCACAUCUCUGGCACCACCAUGGAUGCACAGAUACGUUAUGCGGCGGGGACGAAAGACAUGUUGGAGAAGUACUUCAAGGGAGAAGACUUCCUUGCUCAGAAUUACAUUGUCAAGGAUGGUGUGAUUGCUCCUCAGUACAUGUAAGCAGUUUUUUUCAACUUUCAAGUCUUGUAAGCUGUAUCCAAAGGACACAAGCUUACAAUGAACCAAAUAAAUUCUCAAUAAGUUGUCCCUUUUUCCAUUUGAAAAAAAAAUUGUAAUAAGACAUGUAAUGUAACGUACGUUAUGAUUUCA